AUGCAAGGCAAUGAUGCGAGCAGCCAAGCGAGCUCGAUUCGUGAUGAAGACUCGAUUUCAAACUUCCUUGCCGAUGAGGAUAUAAAUGAUUUGCAUGAUAUCUUCCCUCAAAUGCCAUCUCCUCCACGUGAAAUGCUCGAUAUUAUCAAGGACGAUCCCGGAUCAAUCUUCAAUUACGAUAGUGAGCUGUCAAUGUCUCUUCCAUCGCCAGUGAACGGCUAUUCAAAAAAUUAUAUGCCAAGAGUUGCCAGGGAAGGAUCCGAUUCUUCUUUCAUAUUGGGUGAUCGGAAAAAGCGUUUUUCCUCAGAUGUGAGUCUUCAUGGUCGUCAUCGAAGAUUAACUACGCGUGUUGAAGAGAUGUUGAGUGAGAAACGAGAGAAAGAUCAACGAAAGCGACCACAUCCACGAGACGAUGAACAUUUUCAGAGUCGACAGCAUAGGCGUCGUGAAUUGGUUCACGACGAUGAUGAUAGUGAUAUGGAUACAAGUCCCUAUGCUUAUCAACCAGAUGAUGAUGACAUGAUUGCGGAAUCUCAACGGAAUGAAUACACGGUUCCACUUAUUCCCAAGGAUUAUGGCGACAUUUAUGAAGCUAUCAACAAUUUCAUCACAAUUAUUGAUGUCAGAUAUCGAAAUGGUGGUAUCUCUUCAAAGCCUCCACUCAACUUUUAUCACGGAACACUUCAAGAAACAGUUCAACAGGCUUUUGACCCAGUUGGUAAAGGUGUGGAAGACCGACGACCGUUAGCUCUGUAUUUGCAUCAUGAUCGCGGGAUUGCAUCCAACAUUUUCCCACCAACUAUUCUUUGCUCCGAG